CGGCCCGGCCCGGCCCCGCCGCCUCUGCUCAGCCGGCCCGGCCGCAGGAGCGAGCUCUAGACCAUUAACAAGACCCCUGGGACCUACUCCAAGUACGUGACUCUCCAAGGACAUCACCCUGUUUUGGGCAUGUUCUUAGAGCUGAAAUUCCCUGUGCCCUGGGGACAUGUGGCAGCCAAGGCCUGGGGACCUUCAGAGGGACACCCUGUGCUGUGUUUGCAUGGCUGGUUGGACAAUGCCAACACCUUUGACAAGCUCAUUCCACUGCUCCCUAGAGGUUGUUACUAUGUGGCAAUGGAUUUUUCUGGACAUGGUUUGUCCUCCCACCGACCUGCAGGCUGCCCCUACCAUUUCCUAGAUUAUGUGACUGAUGUGCGCCGGGUGGCAGCAGCCUUGCAGUGGAGACGGUUCACACUGAUGGGUCACAGUAUGGGUGGGGCUGUGGCAGGAAUGUUCUGUUUCCUUUAUCCCGAGAUGGUGGACAAGCUGAUCCUGCUGGAAAGUCUUGGCUUUCUUCUAGCUCCAGAGGACACUGAGGCGUGGCUGAAAUCAAAACGGAGGGUGAUCGACAGACUACUGAGUCUGGAGGCAAAGCAGCAAACUCCCAAAGCACGGAGUCCUGAAGCAGCAUUGCAGAGGCUUUUAGAAGCCAACAGCCAUCUGACAGCAGAGGGUGGGGCAAUCCUGCUGCAGCGAGGAGCAACUGAGACACCCGCUGGGCUGGUGUAUAACAGAGACAUGAGAGCCCGUACGCAGAGUCGAGAGUUCUUCACAGUGGAGCAGUGUGUAAAGCUCUUGCAGAAGAUCCAGGACCGUGUUCUCAUCAUUGUAUCACAAGAUGGACUCUUGGUACCACACAACCUACCCAGCAGAAAUAAUUUUGUGAAAGCCCUGCAGGAGGCAUUUGAGUCUACCCUCAAAGAGCACAUCCAGCUAGCAGAAGUGCCUGGGAGUCAUUUUGUGCAUCUGAAUGAGCCCGAGGUGGUAUCUGGGAUCAUCAGCAACUUCCUGACAGCACAGAACACCAGGGCCAGACUCUAGGAAGCCCUCAGAGCUGCAGCUGUCUGGGAGAACUGGGAGCUAACAAGCAAGCUCCAGAAUUGUCACCAUUUCUACCUCACAUCCAACAUUAGAUUCUGAUAAUCUUUCCUGUGCUUAGCUGACUGCAGGGUGGAAGCAGGUCUGCCGGGGGUACUCUGAAGGGGAGCUGAGCAAAGUAUCUCAUUUUCCAAAGGUUGAUGGAAUCUUUGCUCUACUUCCAGCUCUGUGAGUACAGGGAUAGAGGCCCAAAGUGGCCUUCCCCUUGGCUUACUCCAAACUUGCACACUGAAACAGAGCAGAAUAUAAGGCAGAGGCAUCCUCUGUGACAGCAGCCAGCACCACCAGCUUUGGCACUGCAAUAGAGGUGGCUCAUCUUGCCUCCUCCCUGAGGAUCCCAGGAUUUAACCUGCUGAAAAACAAGGAAAGUGUUCUGCUUCUCUGCUUACUUGCAUAGAUGCCUGAGCUCAGAGGGCCUCAGUGUCUCUGUUCCACUGUGAGAGGUGCUGUUUAAGAAUCAGCUUGUGUAAGAGCUCACCUGUGCAGAGAAGGCCAUUUUAAUGAACACUAGAGAAUCCCUAAUCCUCUAGCUGAAGCAGCUGGGAGAACUACAAAUUAUGGAAAAACUGGCAGAGACAAUUUCUGUUCUAAAUAAAGAUUAAUGUUCUAAUGUUAAAUCUGUCUUCUUGACUCUAUAGGAGAACAAACCUCCUUUCUCUUGCAGGCUGCUCACCCAAGCAGCUAAAAUGCAUCUUGGGAGGCAACAAUUUUUACACACUGUCUGCCUUAGGUAGGCCUUAUUAAGGAUCUGCCUCCCAGUUAAAUUGAUGCAAAAGCCCACUGAAGCAGGCAGGCCUGUCAAUCUGCAAGCAAUGCAAACUGUAUUUGCAGUCAGUUUUUUAGGAGAGGGUAAAUCCAUUUUAUCUCAGCUCUCUGGAAUUUACAACUUUCACCUUACAUUCAUGGUCACAUCUCUAGCAAGGAUGCAGAUAGUAAAAUAAAUGUGUAAAAUCCU